CAGCCUACACCCAUCAACGUUCCACCUGCCUGCCUUCACUCCCUCCAUACAACAGCUUACACCCAUCAAAGCUCCACCUCCCUGCCUUCACUCCUUCCAUACAGCAGCCUACACCAAUCAAAGUUCGACCUGCCUGCCUUCACUCCCUCCAUACAGCAGCCUACACCCAUCAAAGUUCCACCUCCCUGCCUUCACUCCUUCCAUACAGCAGCCUACACCAAUCAAAGUUCGACCUGCCUGCCUUCACUCCCUCCAUACAGCAGCCUACACCCAUCAAAGCUCCACCUGCCUGACUUCACUCCCUCCAUACUGCAUCCUACACCCAUCAAAGUUCCACCUGCCUGACUUCACUCCCUCCAUACAGCAGCUUACUCCCAUCAAAGCUCCACCUCCCUGCCUUCACUCCCUCCAUACAGCAGCCUACUCCAAUCAAAGUUCCACCUGCCUGCCUUCACUCCCUCCAUACAGCAGCCUAUACCCAUCAAAGCUCCACCUGCCUGCCUUCACUCCCUCCAUACAGCAGCCUACACCAAUCAAAGCUCCACCUGCCUGCCUUCAAUCCCUCCAUACAGCAGCCUACACCCAUCAAAGCUCCACCUGCCUGCCUUCACUCCCUCCAUACAGCAGCCUACACCCAUCAAAGGUCCACCUCCCUGCCUUCACUCCCUCCAUACAGCAGCUUACUCCCAUCAAAGCUCCACCUCCCUGCCUUCACUCCCUCCAUACAGCAGCCUACACCCAUCAAAGUUCCACCUCCCUGCCUUCACUCCUUCCAUACAGCAUCCUACUCCCAUCAAAGUUCCAUCUCCCUGCCUUCACUCCCUCCAUACAGCAGCCUACACCCAUCAAAGUUCCACCUGCCUGCCUUCACUCCUUCCAUACAGCAGCCUACUCCCAUCAAAGCUCCACCUGCCUGCCUUCACUCCUUCCAUACAACAACCUACUCCCAUCAAAGUUCCACCUCCCUGCUUUCACUCCCUCCUUACAGCAGCCAACACCCAUCAACGUUCCACCUGCCUGCCUUUCACUCUCUUCCAUACAGCAGCCUACUCCCAUCAAAGCUCCACCUGCCUGCCUUCACUCCUUCCCUACAACAACCUUUCUCCCAUCAAAGUUCCACCUCCCUGCUUUCACUCCUCCAUACAGCAGCUUACUCCCAUCAAAGCUCCACCUCCCUGCCUUCACUCCUCUCCAUACAGCAGCCUACUCCAAUCAGUUCCACCUGCCUGCCUUCACACCCUCCAUACAGCAGCCUAUACCCAUCAAAGCUCCACCUGCCUGCCUUCACUCCCUCCAUACAGCAGCCUACACCAAUCAAAGCUCCACCUGCCUGCCUUCAAUCCUCCAUACAGCAGCCUACACCCAUCAAAGUUCCACCUCCCUGCUUUCACUCCUCCUACAGCAGCCAACACCCAUCAACCAGCUUACUCCCAUCAAAGCUCCACCUCCCUGCCUUCACUCCUCCAUACAGCAGCCUACUCCAAUCAAAGUUCCACCUGCCUGCCUUCACUCCCCUCCAUACAGCAGCCUAUACCCAUCAAAGCUCCACCUGCCUGCCUUCACCCUCCAUACAGCAGCCUACACCAAUCAAAGCUCCACCUGCCUGCCUUCAACUCCUCCAUACAGCAGCCUACUCCCAUCAAAGCUCCACCUGCCUGCCUUCACUCCUCCAUACAGCAGCCUACACCCCAAAGGUCCACCUCCUGCCUUCACUCCUCCAUACAGCAGCCUACUCCCAUCAAAGCUCCACCUCCCUGCCUUUCACUCCUCCAUACAGCAGCCUACACCCAUCAAAGUUCCACCUCCCUGCCUUCACUCCUUCCAUACAGCAUCCUACUCCCAUCAAAGUUCCAUCUCCCUGCCUUCACUCCCUCCAUACAGCAGCCUACACCCAUCAAAGUUCCACCUGCCUGCCUUCACUCCUUCCAUACAGCAGCCUACUCCCAUCAAAGCUCCACCUGCCUGCCUUCACUCCUUCCAUACAACAACCUACUCCCAUCAAAGUUCCACCUCCCUGCUUUCACUCCCUCCUUACAGCAGCCAACACCCAUCAACGUUCCACCUGCCUGCCUUCACUCCUUCCAUACAGCAGCCUACUCCCAUCAAAGCUCCACCUGCCUGCCUUCACUCCUUCCAUACAACAACCUACUCCCAUCAAAGUUCCACCUCCCUGCUUUCACUCCCUCCAUACAGCAGCUUACUCCCAUCAAAGCUCCACCUCCCUGCCUUCACUCCCUCCAUACAGCAGCCUACUCCAAUCAAAGUUCCACCUGCCUGCCUUCACUCCCUCCAUACAGCAGCCUAUACCCAUCAAAGCUCCACCUGCCUGCCUUCACUCCCUCCAUACAGCAGCCUACACCAAUCAAAGCUCCACCUGCCUGCCUUCAAUCCCUCCAUACAGCAGCCUACACCCAUCAAAGUUCCACCUCCCUGCUUUCACUCCCUCCUUACAGCAGCCAACACCCAUCAACGUUCCACCUGCCUGCCUUCACUCCCUCCAUACAACAGCUUACACCAAUCAAAGCUCCACCUCCCUGCCUUCACUUCCUCCAUACAGCAGCCUACACCCAUCAAAGCUCCACCUGCCUGCCUUCACUCCCUCCAUACAGCAGCCUACUCCAAUCAAAGCUCCACCUUCCUGCCUUCACUAACUCCAUACAGCAGCCUACACCCAUCAAAGUUCCACCUGCCUGCCUUCAUUCCCUCCAUACAGCAGCCUACAACCAUCAAAGUUCCACCUGACUGCCUUCACUCCCUCCAUACAGCAGCCUACACCCAUCAAAGCUCCACCUGCCUGCCUUCACUCGCACCAUACAGGAGCCUACACCAAUCAAAGUUCCACCUGCCUGCCUUCACUCACUCCAUACAACAGCCUACUCCCAUCAAAGCUCCACCUGCCUGCCUUCACUCCUUCCAUACAACAGCCUACUCCCAUCAAAGUUCCACCUGCUUGCCUUCACUCGCACCAUACAGCAGCCUACACCCAUCAAAGUUCCACCUCCCUGCCUUCACUCCUUCCACACAGCAUCCUACACCCAUCAAAGUUCCACCUGCUUGCCUUCACUCCUUCCAUACAGCAGCCUACACCAAUCAAAGUUCGACCUGCCUGCCUUCACUCGCACCAUACAGGAGCCUACACCCAUCAAAGUUCCACCUGCCUGCCUUCACUCCCUCCAUACAGCAGCCUACACCAAUCAAAGUUCGACCUGCCUGCCUUCACUCCCUCCAUACAGCAGCCUACACCCAUCAAAGUUCCAUCUCCCUGCCUUCACUCCUUCCAUACAGCAGCCUACACCAAUCAAAGUUCGACCUGCCUGCCUUCACUCGCACCAUACAGGAGCCUACACCCAUCAAAGUUCCACUUUCCUGCCUUCACUCUAUCCAUCAAGCAGCCUACUCCCAUCAAGGUUCCACCUGUCUGCAUUCACUCUGUCCAUCAAGCUGCCCACCCCAAUCAAAGUACCACCGCCCUGCCUUCACUCUUUCCACCAAGCGGCUUAAUUACCCCAUCAAAAUCCCCACCCCUGCCUUCACUUUCUCCAUCAAACAGCCAUCUCCCAUCAAAGUCCCACCCUUGCUGCCUGCCUUCACUCUAUCCAUCAAGCAGCUUACUCCGAUGAAAGUACCCCCCUACCCCACCCCUGUCUUCACUCUCUCCAUCAAGCAGCCUACUUCCAUCAAAGUUCCACCUCCUGUCAUCACUCUAUUCUUCGAGCUGACUGCUUCCUCUUUCCAUCGCCUGACGCGGAUGCCUGUCAUAUCUCUGUGA